GCGUCUUUGUCAUUGAUUUCGUACUUUUCGUACCAAUAUUUUUCAAAUUUCUCAUAAUAGUCACAAUACUUUUAACGACUAAAGGUGAAUUUGCAUUUAGAUUUCAAGCUGUAGUCAAAUCGUUUUAUGAACUGCAUUGUUAUCAUAUCAUGCAGAACUUACAGUCAUUGUAAACAACAUCUCAUUGUGCAAACUGCAAUCAUAAUCAUAGUGCAACGAAAAAUAUUUUAUAGUUUAUUACUGUGUUUGUAUAAAAUACAAAACUACAGAAUAACUUUAGCAUUGUACAUUAAGCAAGCAUGGACUUCAGUUCGCUCAAUCCAAACACUUCCAACCCAUUGAACAUAGCUGCAAGGAAAAACGAUUUUCAAAAUGUGCACCGUUUGUUGAAGAAAGUGAAUCCUAAUUGUGUGGAUAAUAGAGGAUGGACCUGCCUUCACGAAGCCGCCGCUAAUGACAGCUAUCAGAGCUUGGUGCUCAUUCUUAAGCACCCUGACUGCAGACCUUUAGCAGAGACGCAUGAAGGCCACACAGCUUUAUACUUAGCUUGUCGUCAUCACAGUUCUUUGCAAACUGUUAAAGCUUUAUUAGACAGUGCUGAAGAUAUUGCCAACUACGGCAGCACUGAGAGCGUUACGCCUCUCCAUGUAGCUAGUACUCAAGGAAGAGUGGAAGUUAUACAGCUUUUAAUUGACCAUGGAGCGAUGAUAGAUGUACAAGAUUUUGACGGAGACACACCUUUGCAUGAUGCAGCUUUGGCAUCGAAGUUAAAGUCCGUAACUGCAUUAUUACAUGCAGGUGCUGAUCUGGCUAUUAAAAAUGAAACUGGUUACACACCGUUUCACUUAGCAUGUUUUAAAGGUGGAUUUGAUAUCAUAAAAGUGAUGCUACCUUUCGUUGAUGACAUAAAUGAAGUUACUGACAAUGGAGACACACCCGUAAUAAUAGCUUGUACUGGCAACAAUGAAAACAUUGUCCAGUUUUUGCUAGACAAUGGUGCUGAUCCUCAUAUAAAGAAUAAAGAUGGUUUCUCAGCUUUAUAUGUAGCACUUAAUGAUGGUUGUGAUGAAAUAUUUAGUCUACUUUUGGGUGUUACAAACAAAGAUGAGAUAAACAAAGAUUUUAUUUUGUUAGCAUGUAAGCCACACUACUACAAAUAUAAGAUUCUAGAGAGUUUAUUAAAUCAUGACCUGGGGCCAGAAUUCUUCGACUUCUACGAGGAGUUUCUUGUUACGCUGGAGCGUAUUGGCGGUCUGCAACCUUAUUACCAGUCCAAUGCUCCAUUAAACUCUUACAUGAAUAUUUGUGAAUAUAUUUACAAUAGUGCAUUUGAGGCUUUUAGGAAAUUCUUUUACUUGUUCCUCAUGAAUGGUGUUGCGGUAAAUGCUCUGCGAAGGGAAGAAUGCCCUCCACUUGUGUACAUACAUUACUCUGGCCAUAGCAGUUGUUUUGAAGAGGUAUUCAAAAUACUCAUAGAGCACAACUGCAAUGUAGACUACUCAAGCCUAUCCACAGACAGCGAACAGCUAAUACUCCCGGAUGCCUUCAUUGCCUCCGUCACUUCUGAUCCCACUACAACUCUUGUGAUGCUGCCAUUCAGUUUGCACUGUGAACCUGAUCACCUGCUGACUUUUACUCAUAACUGUGGCUGGUUGAGCAGGAUACCUGUUCAAGUACAAAAACAAUUACUAUCCUUUAUACAUAACAAUACAGACAAUAUCAAAGCAGAGUGCUUGUCACUGUACGUGCCGCCAUUAAAACACUUGUCUAGGUUACAAAUAAGAAGUGUUUUAAGAACUUGUGGAAUAAAGACAACUGAAAAGUUUCUACAAGCUUUAGAAAUGUUGCCUAUACCACCUUUAUUGAAACGCUAUUUAAGAUACCUUUGAUAUUAUCUACAUCCACACUGAGAUAUCAAAAACUAGACUUUGUGACGUUCCACGGUAAAGGUACUUUAUGGCGGUUGCCGUUUACGCAAUUAAUAACGACCAAAGAUAGAUAUAACUCCGUAAUAGAUGGAUCAUAGAGUAACUUAUACUAGAGCGGUACUGUCAUAGUAAAUUUUGUAACCCCAGUAAAUUCACUGCCAUCUGUCGACACACUUUAAAACUAAAAAUGAAGAUUUAUAAAAAUACGAUAAAAUGUAUUUAAAUAUGGAUAAAUGAUUUUUUUUAUUUGCAUUAAUUAUUUUUAUGAUUUUGACCCAUGUUCUUUCACUGAUAUGCGUUAAAAUUGUUAAAUAACAAACGAAACCGUCAACGCCAUCUAUACCACAGUAGGCCAAAGCUAGUAGCGCCCUCUGAACGAGAAUCAAAUUUUCUCGAUUUUCGAGGCACGUUUUUUCCUUAGACUGUAUCCAUCUAUUACGGAGUUAUAUCUAUCUUUGGAUGGAUACAGUCUAAGGAAAAAAAGUGCCUCAAAAAUCACGAAAAUUUGAUUCUCGAUCAGAUGGCGCCACUAGUUUCGGCCAACUCUCGUAUAGAGGGCGUUGACUGUUUCGUUUGUUAUUUAUAAUUUUAACGCAUACCAGUGAAAGAACAUGGGUCAAAAUCAUAUAAAAAUAAUUAAUGCAAAUAAAAAAAUCAUUUAUCCAUAUUUAAAUACAUUUUAACGUAUUUUUAUAAAUCUUCAUUUUUAGUUUUAAAGUAUUUCGAUAGAUGGCAGUGAAUUUACAGUGGUUACAAAAUUUACUAUGACAGUACCGCUCAAUCUUAUUAUAUCCUCAUUGAUAACGACGCUCCAAUAGCCAAUACUAAUGCGGGCGCCACGCGACGUAAGCGCCAACCGCCAUGAGGUACCUUUACCACACGUCACAUUUUAAAAUGAAACAUAUUGCACAAAUAAAUAAUUUAUUAAAAAAGAUAUACAAAGUUUUGUAAUGAUUGGCGUAAAUGAAAAUAUUCGCUUAUAUAGUCAUAUAUACAUAAUUACAAUAUCAUACACAUAAUGCCUGAAGAUUCAAUGCUUGCUUCAUUUGAAGUUUGCACCGUUCGCCAUGAAGUCUUCUAUUUCAGCCACACUGUGAUAUAAAAAUAUGUUUAAUAAAUUGUAAGAAUCUGAA